AUGGUGAUCAUCCUCGUAAUGCCACAAAGUUCUGGAUGCCUACCACCGAGCUCCGUCCACGCAGACCCUUUAAAAGGGACGGGGUCGGGCAUCUCCUGCGCAACGCGCGCAUCGCCUCCGUGGUUGAGUCCCGGCAUGUCCCAAAAGGUCACCUGCCGACCUCUGAAGGGUGACACCUUCACGGUGGAGGUGUCAGAUGAGGCGACGGUGGCUGACCUGAAGAAGUCAAUCUGCGAGAAGUUCCCAGAGAUGCUGGCGGAGCAACAAAAGCUUAUUCACCAGGGCAAGAUUUUGGUCGACGAGACACACGUGAAGGACAUUGGCAUUAAGGAGGGAGAGUUCGUGGUGGUCAUGGUGGCCAAGGCGAAGCCUCCCCCCGCACCGGCUCCGGCUCCUGCAGCGCCUGCACCAACGCCAGCGCCGGCGAGUGCCCCAGCUGCGCCAGCAGCAGUGGAUGCUGGAGCCGCAGCAGCUGCGACAGUUGUUGGCGGCACAGCAGCGGAGUCGACCGUCCAGCAGCUGAUGGAGAUGGGGUUCGACAGACCGCAGGUUGAGCGAUGUUUGCAGGCUGCUUUCGGAAAUCCUGACCGAGCUGUUGAGUAUUUGAUGAGUGGAAUUCCUGCUGGGGUUGGCAUGGCAGCUCCCGAGGCGGAGGGCGGCGAGCCAGCGCCGACCACGCCCGGAGGCGAGGCUCCAGCCACGGCCGGCGGGCCAGCCAUGACAGGCGCCUUUCCGGCCAUGCCGCCACCUGGAGCCGGUCGUGGAGGAGGUGGAGGCGGAGGCGGAGGAAAUUUGGCAGCCUUGGAGGAGCUGAGAAAUCACCCGCGCCUUCCUGAAUUGGCGCAAGCAGUGGCGGCUGAUCCGAACGUGCUCCCGCAGAUCAUAAUGGCGCUUCAGCAGAGCAAUCCGGCUUUGGUGCAGACCAUUCGGGAGAAUCCGCAAGAGUUCAUGCGACUUCUGCAGGGCGGCGCGGCCCCGCCGGCGGGAGGUGAGCAAGAUCCCGUCGCGGCCAUGCUUGCAGCAGCACAGGGUGGCGGAGGGGGUGGGGCUCCGGGCGCCGGCCAGCAGGUGGUGCGACUGACUCCGGAAGAGGGCGAAGCAGUUCGAAGGUUGACAGAGCUUGGCUUCGACAGAGGGAUGGCAGUGCAGGCAUACCUUGCAUGCGACAAAAACGAGGAGCUCGCCGCCAACUUUUUGUUUGAGAACCAAAUGAUGGAAGACUGA